AGCAGCGGACCAGUGUGGAAGUGGGAUCAUGAUGGUGAGCGUGGUGCUGGGCAGCCUCCUGGCAGCGCUGCUGGCUCUACUUUUCUACCAGAGGCUGACUUAUCCCUUCUUCUGGGAGGAUUUGAUUUACUACCUUAAACUUCGGAGCUACCGAAAGACGUCGCAGGCUCGCAUGCAGCAGGGGAUCAUCACGUACCUCGACUGUUUCCUCUAUCAGGCGAGAAGGAAGCCGAACAAACCCUUCAUUAUCUUCGAGGAGCAGAGCCUCACAUACCGGGACGUGGACAUCAGGAGUAACCGCUUUGCCAACGCGCUGCGGACGGAGAUCGGUGUGAAGAAAGGAGACAUUGUGGCUCAGUUGAUGUGCAACGAACCGGACUUUGUGUGCGUGUGGUUGGGAUUAUGCAAACUGGGCUGUGAAGUCGCUUUUCUCAACGUCAACAUUAAAGCCAAGUCUCUGCUCCACUGCCUACAAAGCUGCGGGGCGAAGACGCUCGUUGUCGGGGCAGAUUUGGUGCAUUUGGUGGAGGAGGUGCUACCUGAUUUGAAGAAGGACAACAUGGCUGUGUGGGUGGUAGAUCACACAUCACCAUCCAAGGAUGUUAACAGUUUAUUGGAUAAGGUUGAACACAUGUCUGGAGAAACCUUAAGUGACCUUCCUAAAGUUGACAUCAUGUCAAACUUCCUCUUCAUUUUUACUUCGGGCACUACAGGUCUCUCGAAGGCAGCCCGCAUAGGACACCUGAAAGCCAUAGUGAGUAUGGCCUUCUUUGCAGUGUGUGGAGCCACAUCUGAUGACAUCAUCUACAUCACUCUUCCUCUUUACCACAUGUCUGCUUCCCUGUUGGGAGUUGGAGGAUGCAUAAGCCUUGGUGCAACUUGUGUGUUAAAAAAAAAGUUUUCUGCCAGUCAGUUUUGGAAGGACUGUGUGAAACACAAUGUGACUGUGGUGCAGUACAUUGGAGAGCUCUGUCGAUACCUGGUCAAUCAUCCUGUGAUUCCAGAGGAGAGAGCUCACAGGGUCCGGCUGGCAGCAGGAAGUGGUCUCAGAUCAGAUGUUUGGAAGAAGUUUACCAAGCGCUUUAAAAGAAUAAAGAUCAGAGAGGGUUAUGGCCUGACUGAGGCCAGCAUCGGAUUCCUCAACUACACAGAUGAGGUCGGACCGAUUGGGAGGGCAAGCUAUUUCAACAAGCUUUCUAUGCCAUUUGAGCUCCUUCGAUAUGAUCCCCAAUCAUACGAGCCAGUCAGAUCAGACACUGGAAUAUGCAUACGAGCACAAAAAGGAGAGGCAGGGAUCCUGGUAGCCCCUCUGACAGCUAUGAACCAGUUUCUGGGCUAUGCUGGAAACAAGGUCCAAUCAGAGAAGAAGCUGCUCAGGAAUGUGUUUAAAGCUGGCGACGUCUAUUUCAACACUGGAGACCUACUGCUCCAUGAUCACAGGGACUUUCUGUACUUCCAUGACCGCAUCGGAGACACAUUCAGGUGGAAAGGAGAGAACGUGUCCACCACCGAGGUGGCAGAAGUUUUAGGUCUAGUUGAUUUUAUCAAGGAGGCCAAUGUGUAUGGAGUCACUGUACCAGGAUACGAAGGUCGUGCAGGUAUGGCGGCUGUUGUCCUAAAACAUGAACACAAAUUAAAUGGAGCAGAACUCUACCAGUGUUUAGUCCAAGCACUACCUCGAUAUGCCUGGCCAUGGUUUCUCAGAAUACAGACCUCUCUGGAUGUGACUGAGACGUUCAAACAGCAGAAGACAAAGCUGGUCCAGGACGGCUUUAAUCCUGAUAUCACCGAGGACCCUGUGUAUUUCUUAGAUGUCUCUCAGAAGGACUAUAUUCUCCUGACUGCAUCCACGCAUCAAGAUAUUGUGUCAGGAAAGAUAAUUUUAUAAACAUUUUAAGACAAUUUACUUAAAGAGUACUGAUCACCUGGGUCACGGCCACAUUUCAAUUGGUCUCUGCUUUGAACCCUUAUUAAUGAUGAGGGCCAAAAUGAGUCCUUUCCAGUAUUUUGCAAUUGCAAAUAAUAUAUGAGGACCCCUUCUCAUGUGAACAAUUUGGGGGGCAAAUCAUCCAACGAUUUGAAAUAAUUUUUCAGAGUUUUCUAGUAUUUAGAAAUCAUUAUUGAAUCAUCAACCACAGUAGCCUUAACAGAUGAAAUUGAUCAGUAUUUCAAUGGAAAAUACUUUUAUUAAUAAUUGCACAUUUUAUUCAUAUUGGCUACAGCCUUGUUGAACUCAACACAAAGAGAAGCAGGCCUUUCGUAUGUUGGAGCAUUUUCUAUUUCUAUUUCUGUUAUUUUGUAAGUAAGCCUCUCUGCGUUGUCUCUCUAUUUGAAUUGUUAACAAAGUUUCUCUGUCUUGAUAAAUGAAGUGUCAUAUCCACAUUUCCACAGUAAUAAUUCAGUCAGUAAAACAACAGUCAUGCCCUACUGUACUUUACUUUCUCUUUUUUACCGAAAUGCUGUUGUCAGUUACGUAUACUUAUACCUAUAUUGACUUACAAAAUGUGCAUGUUGAAAUGCUUACAAAAUUAAUAAUUUGUGUGUGUGUAAUACUAGUAGUAAGUUUCACUAAUGUAGUGUACGGUGCUAAAACAAGUCAUACAAGCAAAAUCAUCGGGAUUAGCUGAGAGAAAACAGUAUUUAGGUUCAAAUGAGAACCUCAGAGAAACAGUAGAAGUAUGACUGUUGUUAUACUGAUGGUGCUUUGCUGAAUUUAUCAUGAGCGCUAUUACACUCCCAUUCCCCCUCAGGGUAUAUAGAUUUUUAUUGUCGGUGCAGCCCUUAUUUAAUUAUUUGUGCUAAUAGCAUUUUCAAUUCCUGGGCUGAUUUCCCCUUUUCUUAGAAGAAUGGGAUUGAUAUAUUUGUACUUAUUUAGUAGAAAAUAGCAUCACAAUAUAUCAUACCUUAUCAUUACAAAAGAGUAAAUAUAACUAAUAAUAUGUGAAGUCUAAAGCCUUAAGUUUAGAAAUUAAUCAUUGAUAUCAAAUUCCCCAGAAUUGACCACUACUUUUAGCAAAUUGUAAAGGAAAAUAGAGUAGAAAGACUGAUAUCUCUAACUAGUGUCACCUGAAUCACUGUGUAAGUGUAAUAUUAUAUAUGAUUAGAUUACCCAUGUUUUUUACACAUUAUCACAACAUGUAAUUAAAACUAGGACAUACCGAUGGUGACAAGAUAAGUAGUAUUCAUUUUAAACAGCUAGAAAUAAUAAAUGGAGCAAGUUAUACAAACAGAUUGAACAGACAUUUUUGGUAUGUUUUCUUGCUUUCAGAUUUUUAAUGUAGUAUAGUUUAAAUAAACAAUUUAACUAUUUACCCUUGUAUUCACAUUGGUAACCAUGCACGUUACAGCUGUUUCCUACAGUAGAUUGUGAUUUACUGGACAUUUAACUUAAUUUGUAAAUCUUUUGACUCAUAUUCCACCAAAUGUGUCCUGUUAUUUACCUGCACAUGCAGUUCAUUGUUCAUGUAAAGAUGAUUUAGUGGAAUAAACUCGUGUUUCAUGGCAA